CUCUGCUCCCGCCCCUCCGCAGCGUGACAGCAGCCAGCGGGCGCCAGCGAGAGGGUCGACUUUUUAAGCGUGGUCGCGGGGGAUUCCUGCCAACAGUUUCGCUUUUCAUGCUGCCGACGAGCCUAGCCGCACGGGGCUUGUUCUCUGAGAGGUCGCCCUUUCGAGUGCACGACAGCGCGACGUUCGCAGCGCAACUCACGUCACCUCCGCCGCCGUGCCGGGACUUUACGCGACUACCAUGCAGCCGGCACCGAGUUCUGUCCUAGUGUUCGCCGUUGUGGUCACUUUGGUGGACAGAGGUUCUGCCAAUGCAAAAUGGGGCUACAGUGGACCAUUUGGGCCCUACAACUGGCGCAACGUUGACACGAGUCCCAACGUAAACCAAUGCGGAGACAAGCUGCAGUCGCCCGUGGACCUGGACGACCGCUACGCGGAGUUCGACUCCGGCCUUGGGGCAAUCAGCUUCAACGGUUACGACCAGCCACUGUACAACCCGUACAUCGUCAACAAUGGACACACAGUUCAAGUCUCCGCGACGGAGGACUCGAACCGAUUCAUCGAGGGGGCUCGGCUUCCGGGCCGCUUCCAAUUCGCCCAGUUCCAUCUCCACUGGGGUGCGAACUCGAGCAGAGGGUCCGAACACACGGUCCGUGGGUUCCAGUACCCGCUCGAGCUUCAUUUUGUGCACUUCAACACCAGAUACGGCUCUGCCGCCGAAUCCAUGAAGUACGAGGACGGACUCGCUGUCGUGGCCGUCUUCUUUGAGGUGAGCCCGACGCCCAACGAGGACUUGAGCGCCGUCAUGGACGCCCUGAAGCAGGUGCGGCUGAGCGACGAGAAGGGAUUCAACAUGGCGAGCCCGGUGGUGCUGAACCGAUUCCUUCCGCGCGUCACGAGCAGCUACUACCGGUACCAGGGCUCGCUAACCACGCCGCCGUGCUCGCAGGCCGUCACCUUCCUGGUCAUGACCACCCCGGUGCCAAUCAGCGAGGAGCAGCUGCAGCAGGUCCGGCUCCUGCGCACGGGAAAGGACGAGAACUCAUCGCAGCUGGUGGACAACUUCCGGCCCACGUUCCCGCUGAACGGUCGACGCGUGUUCAAGAGCUUCCCUUCGUCGGCCCCGGGCCUGGGACCCGAGGGUUUCCCUUCGCUCCAGGACGCCGACGACUCGUACGGCAUCCUCCGCGAAUCCGGCUUCGACGACCGAUUCAGGGAAUUGGCCUCGGUGGAGUCUCUGGUCCAGGGCGUGGGUGAGGUGGUCCGUCGCUGCAACUACGUGCGCUCCUUCGUUGACUGGCCGAGGCACAGCCGCGUGUGCGCGCCUAUCUGGAACGCCUUCCAGGACCUACCACACCUAACGACGCCACCGUCCUUGUACGAGAACCCGGCUACUGGAUACUUCCAGCUGAUUGCAUUCGGGAACAAAAAGAGGAAGUGAACUCCGCUCACCAAAUGUCGACCGUCGUCCCGACGUCAAAGACCACACCCUCAUGCAAAACGUUUAGCUUAGUUUCAUUUUUCUACGGUGUUCUUAUUUUUUACUUGUACUUUUAUGACCAUGUGCAGUACGGUUCAAGGGGAUCCUUUACGCUGAGACAUGGUACGGAAGCCCAAGGGCUGUAGCUUUGCGAUGUGUAUAAGAGCACUCUUGCCUACACCACGGCAUGCAAGACGCUAUAAGCGAUGUUUUGCAGACGUACAACAUUCACUUAGACGCUAGGUGGUCCCCUAAAGAUGUGACCGUUUACACAGCAGUGUAAUUGCAUUUUAUCAAGCCUUUCCCUACGAUUCCUCGUGCCAUGUUACGCACGCUAACGUAUACUGUCGAUUCCGAUCUAAUCGCAUGUGCACUGUGCCAACAUUGGCGAAUUCUGAGGCUCAAGCUCGUUAGCCGCUGCUCGCAAACAGGUGUGAAUCUUAUCAUCGCCAUAGGUUUCGCGUAUGGCAAACUUUUGCUGUAGUGUUUCGUGUGCCUGCUGGGGAAGCAUUAUCUUACGAGAUUGUCUCUCUUGUCAUUAUGUGCUCAAGUGCCAAUGUUACUGAUGUGAAGGAGAACAGGAAAAGAAA